AUUAUCUUAGAGCACCUGUGCCGUGUCUGUUUCUCCUUUGUUUCCCAUGCGACCAGGCUCCUCGCUAUUUCCUCCGUCCUCCCUCUUCUCAACACAACGACCAAUAUUUGCUAAUCCAGACGCUCCGACGUGCAGUUGAAAUCCACCUCUACUUCGUGAUAGUUCAUCUCUACUCUCAACCGUCAAGAUGCCGGGUGUUCCUCCUGAUGCGCUCAACAACUUGAAGUCCAAGCUCAAGGGCUUGUUCAAGAAGCCGAAGAAGGCUGCCGCUGAGUCUAAGCCCGCGGACGCCCCGGCUGCCACCGCGACUGCUGCUGCCGAGCCCACCAAGACCGAGACAGCUGCCGCUGCCGCUCCAGCUACUGAGCCUGCUGCUGCUGCCGCAGACGCUGUCACGGCUCCGGCUGCUGAAGCCCCAGCUGCCGCUCCUGCUACCGCCACCGCUGCUGAUGCUACCACCACCGAGGCGCCGAAGGCAACCGAAGUGGCUCCAGCUGAGGCGGUGGCCCCGGCUGCGGCCCCCGCCGCCGUUGAGGAGACGGCCAAGGUUGAGACAGCCCCAGCUGCUGCCGAGGCCGCUGCCACCGCAACCGCAACCGAGACCGCUCCGGCCGCGACCGAGGCUACCCCAGCUGCCACGGAACCUGCCAAGGCCGAGGCUGCCGAGGAGAAGAAGGAGGAGGCAGCUGCCGCCGCGACCGCUUAAAUCGGUAGAUUAAUGUGCUAGUUCCGGCGCUGGUCGGACAUUGGCGCCCGUGAACCUCAGGAUAUUGCACGUCUGGAUACCCGGAGCACCGGCAGGAGCAUAUGAUUUCCCCACGCGUUAGACCCCGAGGAGGUAGAUGCAUCGGCUAUCUAUACAACCAGAGGAUAAAACGGGCGACGAGUAAUGAUAGCUGCUACGGAGGCGCUGGUUUUAUUUUUCCCAAUUUAUUUUCGUGGGACGGAGGGCUACUGAGGGCGGAUGGGCAUCAAUGUCUGUUCCUUGCGACGCAUGGAUGGAUGAUGCUGUUCCUAUUGUGGCUUCUCACGAGGUUGUAUGAGGAACGACUUUGCUUUGCUUCGCGAUGCGUUUAGUUCUCC